GGCUUAAAUCUACUCAUUCCUGUUUACCUACUAAGUGUGCACAGCCGGUCGAAGGCCCAGACAUGCUCUUGUCAGUACUCCGAGGGUGACUCACAGCUCAAGCAGACGUCUAAUUCUUCCCAGCACCUUCGUCUGUCACUGUACGGACUGUCGCAAGAUCACAGCUUCCAUGUUCACUUCAGCGUUCGUGGUUAAAAACACGGCCCUCAAAUACGUCCGCGGCGAAAACAAGUUGACACAAUACUCGACCUCAGUUGAUGCCGGAAGUACGAUGUCCAGCUUCUUCUGCUCCAUUUGUGGCUCUCUGAUGUACAGAAGAAGUUCUGGAUACCCCGACGUCGCAGUCCCACGUAUCGGGACAAUUGAUGAUCUUGAAUUGCACGAGACCAAAUUGAGGCCACAGGUUGAGGUCUAUUGCAGGAGCAAGGUUGGUUGGUUUGGUGGUGUAGAAGGAAUAGAGCCAGAGAGGCAGAUUCAGGCCCAGGCAGAGAAUGUGAUGUGAAACAGUCUGCUCUGUUGAUUGGAAGCGCGAAGAGCAUCUUGUUUGGGUGAUGUGAAGACGAUAUU